GCCACCGCCGGGGCCAUGGCGACCUGCUUGGGGCUGCGGAGCUGUGGAGCCCCGCGCCUCCGACCGGCGCUUCCAGGCCGCGGCCUCCGCCCCCGCGCCGGCGGCUGGGAGCCCCGGCCGGCCGCGCUCCGUGCCUACGCCCCGGGCCCGGGCGGCCUCCCCUCAGCGCUGCUGCGCACAGACAGCUUUGUGGGCGGCCGCUGGCUCCCGGCCGCCGCCACUUUCCCCGUGCUCGACCCGGCAAGCGGCGCCGAGCUGGGCCGGGUGGCCGACUGCGGGGCGCCUGAGGCCCGCGCUGCCGUGCGCGCCGCCUACGAUGCUUUCCGCAGCUGGAGAGCCGUCUCCGCCAAGGAAAGGAGUUCAUUACUCCGGAAGUGGUACGACUUGAUGGUACAAAAUAAGGACGACCUUGCCAAGAUCAUCACAGCGGAGAGUGGAAAGCCGCUGAAGGAGGCGCAGGGAGAGAUUCUGUAUUCCGCCAACUUCCUGGAGUGGUUUUCGGAGGAAGCCCGCCGCGUUUACGGAGACAUCAUCAGCACCCCCGCCAAGGAGAGGCGGGCCCUGGUCCUCAAGCAGCCACUCGGCGUGGCCACGGUCAUCACGCCGUGGAACUUCCCCAGCGCCAUGAUCACCCGCAAGGUGGGGGCCGCCCUGGCAGCCGGCUGCACCGUCGUGGUGAAGCCCGCCGAAGACACGCCCUUCUCAGCCCUGGCCCUGGCCGAGCUCGCGGACCAGGCUGGCAUCCCUGCCGGAGUCUACAACGUCGUGCCCUGCUCCCAGACGAAGGCCAAGGUCGUGGGGGAGGUGCUUUGCACGGACCCUCUCGUGUCCAAAAUCUCCUUCACUGGCUCAACAGCCACCGGAAAGGUCCUGCUGCGCCACGCGGCCGACUCCGUGAAGAGGGUGUCCAUGGAGCUGGGCGGCCACGCGCCAUUCAUUGUGUUUGACAGCGCCAACGUGGACCAGGCCGUGGCAGGGGCCAUGGCCUCGAAGUUCAGGAACUCUGGACAGACUUGUGUUUGCUCAAACCGGUUCCUGGUGCAGAGCGGCAUCCACGACGCCUUUGUGAAAAAAUUUGCUGAGGCGAUUAAAACCAAUCUGCACGUGGGCAACGGAUUUGAGGAGAGAACUACUCAAGGCCCGUUAAUCAAUGAAAAAGCAGUGGAAAAGGUGGAGAGACACGUGAGCGACGCCCUUUCCAAAGGGGCCACCGUUGUGACGGGCGGGAAACGGCAUCGACUUGGAAAAAACUUCUUUGAGCCCACACUGCUCAGCAACGUCACGCGGGACAUGCUCUGCUCCCGGGAGGAGACGUUCGGGCCUCUGGCACCGGUUAUCAGGUUCGACACAGAGGAGGAGGCGGUGGCGAUCGCCAAUGCGACGGACGUUGGGCUAGCAGGCUAUUUUUAUUCUCAGGACCCCGCCCAGAUCUGGCGGGUGGCGGAGCAGCUGGAGGUCGGCAUGGUGGGCGUCAACGAGGGGCUCAUCUCCUCCGUGGAGUGCCCGUUCGGCGGCGUGAAGCAGUCCGGCCUGGGGCGGGAGGGCUCCAAGUACGGCAUUGAGGAGUACCUGGAGGUCAAGUACGUGUGCCUCGGAGGCCUGUAGGCCUCUCCGUUCUUGAGACCAUGAAAGGGAGGCUGCCUCCAUGCGUGCCAACAUGCCAUCUGUCAUUCCAAAUCCACCUGCAGAGUGUGUGAAUUACGGAUUAUGGAGUUUUUAGAGCUCUCCCAGUCCUCAUGGUCUUAAACAGUGGGACUCCUGCCCUGCCCCAACCUCACCAGGGACCAACGGGGCCCCGUGCGCGUAGCUGCAGGCUCCCCGAGGACCCGCCGCAGCGUGGGGGGAGGGGGAACCUGUCACACAGGCUGGUGACCGCCAGGACGUGGGCGCCACACCCUCACGUGGCUCCAGAGCUCAGACCCAGAGCAGAAGGGACGCCUGAGUGUCACAUGGGCUCCUACAUGUUUUAUACAACCCAGAGCUAAGAGUGCUUUUUUUUAAUUUUCAAAUGCUUGGGGGAAAGAACAAUACGGCUUCAUGAUGCAAGAAAGUGAUAUGAGAUUCAGACUUCAGUGUCCGUAAACACAGUGUCACGGGAGCCCGGCCGCGCCCCUUCAUUUACUUGCCGCAGACACGGUGGCUCCUGGUCUAAAACACUUACACCGGCUCCUUUCGGAACCGUCCCCAUCCCUGACGGAGCCCAGGAGGGAGAGCACGACCGUCCGCGCCUCUCACGCAUCGCUUCCUGUAGAACGCCUGCUGGGUGAAGAGCAUUUUCCGGGGUCACUGCAGUGAGCUCUCACCAGGAGCCCCCGCCCGGUCACACGCCUCAGGUGAAACCACCCAGGUCCCGGCCCCUCGGCCCCACGUCUCCACGCCGCCCCCGACACACACAGAUCCUGUCUCAGAGCUCACGACGUCUUUCAUCCUUGCCCCUUUGAGUGGCUGUCCAGUGCGAUCUUAAGGCUUCAUUCUUCCUCCCUUGUCUACCUUUGUUCUCGCGGGAACACCCAGUGGGAGGUCCAAGCACAAAGCAGCCCCGUCUCCCUCACUGUUCACUCACUCAUGCGAAGUCGUGCCGCGUGACGGCCGCCUCUGAAGUCCAGGGCCCAGGGUUCUGACGACUCGUGUGCCACUAUUUUAGGUAGCUUUUCACUUGAGUAAUAUUUAUGCUGUGCCUCUCUCCGUGCUAUGUUUUGUGGGAUAAAACUUGGGAAUUAGUUGGACGUGUGCGAAUGUUACUUUUUUAAGUGAGCGCACAUACUCCUGUUUUCCAGGUUUGGUCAUUGUGUGCGUGUAUCGAUGUCAGCAGAACUGUGUGUCAUUAA